AUGGAAAUAUUUAGCAGUAAAAAUUUUGAAGAAAUACAGGUGGACAUGGAAGAUUUUGAUUUUACACAGGAAGAUUUGCGGGCAUUAACAUUACUCGAGACUAGCAUUAUACAGCAGAAUGAACAAGAUAAUCAAUCAGAUCUAGAGUUGUCGGAUUCAAACGAAGAACAGUUGCAUAUUCCGAAAAAACGAAGACGUUUAAUCAUCCAAAGCGACAGUGAGAGUGAGUCUGAUUCCGUUCGAAAUUAUGUGACAGCCAAUAUUACCGCCUCAGAUCGUGUGUCAAAGAAAUGGUCACGCCCUAGGCGUCAACAACCAUCUAUUAUACCAUUUACCGAAACUUCAGGUAUGAACAAAGAAUUUUCUACUAUAUUAAAAGAAGCAGACCCGGGAGCUUUUUAUAGUCUUUUAGUGUCUGAUGAAAUUUUCGAUAUGAUUGUAGAGCAGACCAACUUAUUCGCCUUACAAUCCUGCGAAUCGAGAAAUGUAAAACCUUCAUCAAGAUCUCAUGCUUGGAAGCCAACAGACAGACAUGAAAUUAAACGUUUCUUUGGACUUAUCCUAUACAUGGGUCUUGUGAGACUCCCAAAGUUAAGCUAUUACUGGAGCAAAGAUAAAAUCUUAGGACAGACAUUUCCACGUACCGUCAUGAGCCGCAAUAGAUUCGAAAUAAUCCUACAGUACCUACAUUUUAGUGAUAAUGAAACCGCAAAUAAAUCUGAUCGAAUCUCUAAGAUAAGACCGAUUAUAGAUAUGGUCAAUAAUACGUUUCAAAAGUAUUAUUCACCGAAAGAAGACAUCUGUGUCGACGAAAGUCAGGUUCCAUUCAGAGGGCGGAUUGUAUUUAGACAAUACAAUAAAAGUAAACGCCAUAAAUAUGGUUUAAAGCUAUUCAAACUAUGUACUAUUCCCGGGUACACCUGCAAAUUUUCGUUGUAUGGCGGUAAAAAUAUCGAUACCGUAAAUACUACGCCUACAUCAGUGGUAAUGUCUCUUUGUAGCCAAAUAUUAAACAAAGGCCACACUUUGGCAACUGAUAAUUGGUACACCAGCUUAGAGUUGGCUUACAAUUUACUGGAACAUCAAACGCACUUGAUUGGGACUAUUAGGAAAAACCGAAGAGGUUUACCUAAGGAUGUAGUAGAAGCCAAACUUCAAAAGGGAGAGUUCAUGGCCAUGGAAAACGAGGAUGGUAUAACAAUUUUAAAAUGGAAAGAUAAGCGGGACGUGAUGAUGCUUUCUACUAAACAUUCUGAUAAAAUGUCAACAAUCGCCAAAAAGGGCAAACAGAUUACUAAGCCGAAAGUGAUUUUAGAUUAUAAUAAGUCAAAAGGAUCUGUCGAUAUGAGCGACCAAAUGUCGUCGUAUUCUUCUCCCUUACGUAAAACUAUUAAGUGGUACCGGAAACUUGGUAUUGAGAUUUUGUUGAAUACUGCCGUAGUAAAUGCAUGGAUUAUGUUUACCGAAACUAGGAACACAAAAAUGUCAAUCGUAGAGUUUCGGAAAUCUCUAGUAGACUAUCUAACAAGCUCGUCAGAUUCUCAGCAGACUGAGUCAGGAGUAACGGUAUCAAGACCCAAACGUUUGAAGCACGAGUUGCUAACAAAAACUGGGACAGUGAGAAAUACUAGACGAUUUUGUGUACACUGUUACAAAGAUAUGGUAAAGCAGUUUGGACGAAAAUUGGCGAAAAAUAAAGCUAAAAAGGUUAAUACUUUUUGCGCUCAAUGUGAUGGAAACCCACAUAUCUGUUUAUCCUGCUUUAAUAAGAUCCAUCGUUAUGUUUAG